AAAAGAUGGCGUCGUCUGUAGCCGGAGCCGCGCAGCAGAGCCUGAAUGGAAUCCUCCCGGAGCCCCGGGACAAGAAGCUCACCGACCUGCCGAGCGAGCUGCUGGAGCUCAUCCUCCGCUUCCCGGUGCUGCAGCACGGGGACAUCUGCAGCGUGUCCCGCUGCUGCAGGCGGCUGCACGACGUCUGCCACGGGAGGGGGACGGUGUGGGGACACCAGUACAAACUCAGAUGGCCGAGGCUGCAGAGGUUCUACCGUCAGAACGAGAGCUGCGACUGGCUCCGGGAGUACAAGACACGCCAUCGAGUGGGAAUACAGAUCAGACGGACGGUGGAAUCCAUCUCCAAGAGGUUCUUUACAGAAGUUCCUUGCGUUGGCCAGGUGCUCGGAGACAGCUUCGCAGAGAUUGAGUCGCUCGGGAUGCCAGAGCACUUUUGUGAAGACGAGCUCCUCUUCAUACUCAACUCUGACAAGAGGAAAAGCUUGACUUUGAAGUACUAUGCAAAGAAAAUCCUUUACUUCCUGAGACAGCAGAACAUCCUGAGGAGUCUGAAGACGUUUCUGGAGCGGCCCGUGGAGCAGCAGUUGGCUGUCGAAGGUGCUGUACUGGUGGAUCAGUAUUGUAACCCGCUGGCCGAGGUCACGCUGGAGAGCAUAUCAGCCCAGGUGGAUGAGAUCGCAGAGAAAGUGAAGAAGAUGCUGAGAGUCAAGAACCCGUCUCACCCCAGCCUGCGAAUCGCUCAAGGAGACUGUUUGGUCGUAGAAGAUCCCGACCUCCAGCGGCAGGUGGUGUCUGCCUUAAACUCCGUCUUGUACGAGCAACUUCAAUACAAAGGCAACGAGUUCGACUACUACAACCCCCUCAACUCUUACAUCCACCAGGUGCUAGUACGCCACACAGGAAUCCCCAUAAGCCUCUCUGUCCUCUACAUGACUCUGUCCCGGAAGUUGGGCGUUCAGGUGGAACCGGUCAACUUUCCAAAUCACUUCCUUCUGCGCUGGUGCCAAAAACCAAAAGGGAGCGAGGACAUCUACGACUUUGUCUACAUCGAUGCCUUCGGUAAAGGCAAGCAGCUGACAGCCAAGGAGUGCGAGUACCUCAUCGGCCACCAGGUGACGGCAGACUACUACAGUGCCAUCAGCACCACGGAGGUGCUGCUCAGGAUGGUGGGAAACCUGCUCAACAUCGGCAAGAGAGGCGAGGGCAACGAGAAAUCCUACCAGCUGCUGAGAGACUCCCUGGACCUCUACCUCACUAUCAACCCAGAUAACGUGCAGUACCUGCUGCUGCAGGCGCGUCUCUACUUCCAUCUGGGCAUCUGGCCAGAAAAGGUGCUCGACAUCCUGCAGCACAUCCAGGCGCUGGACCCCUCCCAGCACGGGGCAGUGGGUUACCUGGUGCAACACACGCUGGAGCACAUCCAGCACAAGAAACACCCAGUGAGCCCUGAGGUGAAGAGGCGCAGCGCUGAGGAGCACCUGGAGGUCCAGUACUCCGUCGGCCUGAUCAUGAAACACAAGAGGUCAGGUUACAACUGUGUGAUUUACGGCUGGGACCCCAAGUGCACCAUGAGUCAGGAGUGGAUCACAACCAUGAGGGUCCAGCAGCUGUCCAACGGUGCCAACCAGCCCUUCUACAACGUCCUGGUGCAGGAUGGAACGUGCCGCUACGCAGCGCAGGAAAACCUGGAGCCCCACUCAGCCCCCCUGGAGAUCGGCCACCCGGAGGUGGGCCGCUAUUUCUCCGAGUGCGCCGACAACCACUACGUUGCCAACGAGGAGCUGCAGACACGAUACCCAGAGGACAUGAGUGAAACCCUGGGCUCGGUGCAGGAGCUCUACCACAGACCGACGCCUGGCCCCGGGAACCAGGAGCCGGCCGCUGCCACAGACCAAAACAACCACCAAGCCAUGUCCAUGUAGCAGAGCAGCUGGGACCAACAUGGUGCUGACCCCGGCCGAGCCGCCACCGGUCCCCCGGGAUCAAUUUACUGUCCAUUUAGUUGUUGCUCAAUUGCACAGACUCAAGGAAAAGAGCAAAUGUAAUAGAUAUGGAAACAAUUCAUAAAUGUGGUUUUGUAUAUCGGAUGGGUUCCUGUCGAGGACGGGACAGAUAAUCUCAACAUCUGCAAAUCUGGGAAAAAUAUCCAAAAAGUGUUGAGAAGUUGUUGUUAAAUAUUGUUAAUAUUUCUGCUUCAAAUACUUGUUUCCAAAAACUACAGUAUAUUUGUUGUGAAAACAAAGGCGUUGUUGACGAGUUCCGUUUCUCACAAACCAAAAACAUUAAUAUCUUAAAAUCCAGUUUUGGAUAAAGAGUUUGGAUGAAGAGUUUGGAUGAAGUUUGGAAACUCGUCUCAGCCGCCAGCUUGAAGGAUUAAAGAAAAUGGCUUUGACGUUAACACCUAAGUGGACGUGUAAAUUCAGGAUGGGUGUCCAGGUGCUGUGAAUCUACCUUUACCUACAAACCACUGAAUGCACCUUUUACCCAGAGAGCUCCUCCAGACCCCCACCACCCCCCCUUUCUCCCUGCA